UCCGCGAUCCCUGCCCGUCCAUCCCACGCCCGCGUCGUCCCCCUCCCCCCGUGUGUUCUCUCUCGCUACUCCGAACCCUAGGAGACUGCGUCCACACCCUAGCGUCGCCGCCUACCCCCGCCCCCUGCCUCCCAAACCGUGCUCACCCCUCAGCCCCGGCGCUCGCCGCUGCCUUCCACACUGCGACAACCACCCCCUAAACCCUAACGCAUCUUCUCCACAACGCUGCCAGCCUCACCGCAUCAGAGUUCCUCCGCCUCCUCCUCAACGCCUAACCCUCGCCCCUGCGAUGCCGUCGUCGCCUGGUAUCUAAUCGACGUUUCGUCUGCGGAGGAACCCCAACGCGGUGAUGCGCUAGCCGUGGGGCGGCUGAUUCUCGGGCGGUGACGUUCGCGUAGGCGAGCGUGUCACCCCCCAGGAUCUAGAGCCGGAGGUCUUCUCGUUGUCGAGCCCCUCCGCGUUGUGGUGCCCAGUUGUUGAAAAAGCUACAGAUUAUGCUCUUGUAUGGAUCAAUAGGUUGUUGGUUGUUGGUCAUGACAUCGCCAUCAAGACAGAUAGGAAAGUUAUAUUUUUUCCUAACUAUAUAUGCUCUUACCUUUUCUUGUUCUCCAUAGUACAAAAGAUGAUAUUGAUUUUGUGGCUGGUUUCAUUUGUUUGAAUGCUCUUCAACUUUCUUACGCUUGUUUACAUUGGUGAGUUCUAUAAAGUAUUUAUGGAUAAAUGUUUGGAUGUACUGUUCUUUUAUGAUAGCUCAAUAUGCAUAGUCCAUACUAAACUUACCAUUUCUUUCUAGGUGUAAUGCUUUCUCUGUUGGUUAAACCACUCUACGAACAUUAUCAGGAUCAAGUUGAUGAAAAGGUUGUCGUUUGUUCUUGAGCUGGACUUCGAGCUAUCCAAUGCCUCCUUCCCCUUCUCUAUCAAAGUCCAUUGGCAAUGGUGUGCAGUUCCUCAACGGGCACCUGUCAUCAAAGCCUCUUACAUGACAAGGAGAUCAUGUACCACUUUCUUAACUUCAUUUGUGUUCACAACUACAAGGGGAUGAUGAGCCAUUAUUUUAUCUGUUUCUUUAUGUAAAUGUUGUCGAUAUUGUCUAGAAGUUGUCAUUAAGUCUAGCAUGUGAUUCAUGCCAGGUAAAAAUUGUCGUUUUCUUGUGUUUUCCAUUUUUAGCAAUACCUUCAGCGCUAAAUAAUGAGUUGCUGAUCUGCUGAAAAUUUUGACCUGGCAGUUAAUAAUCACAAAUAGUAAUCAUACAAUAUUUUUAAUCACAAGACACCUUAAACUUUUCACCACUAUUCAGGUUCCUGACCUCCCUGAUAGGGGACUCCUCUGAAGGAUAUAACAAGUGGUAUGUGCUUUGCUUUCCAUUUUAUCCCAUUUUUCCAUUUUGGCAUGUAAUAGUGUGACUAUGGGAACAUAAUUGAUGAAUCUAUAUGUUUUAGUUUCCAUUUCCUAAACAUAACUAAGAACCUUAUCCAGGGAAAUCAUUUUAGCUUUUUGCUGCUCCUUAUGUGCUUCAGAUUCAGCAAGAGAAUUCAAACUUUACGAGUUUUGGAAGACUAAUACCUAACUUUUUGGUAACUCGAAUGAAACAUGCACAUAUAGAUCACCCUGAUUACACGAUUGAUGGAGAGGAGGUACAUGGGGUGGGGUCCUAGAACAUACUGUAAUGUAUUAGGAGAUGGCGGCGAGCUAGGUACUGGAGCGACGGGGACUAAAGCUCUAGCGGCGACUGAAGAUGUUGACUUGGUCAGGCUUUCUCUUCCUAGAACUGGUGUAGAAGUCAAUCAAACACUCCCUAAAGAAAGAUCAAAAUCCAACAAGUAUUGGGAGAAAGUAUGCUAGUAGUACAUAACUCCGUUAAACUACAUCCUGUUAUUACUAUAUAUUUAUAAAAAAUAUAAGAUCUCAUCCACGUUGAGCUUCUCAGGUCAGUCACCAGGCUCAAGAUUUUAUUUCCAGCCUUAAUAUUGUUGCAAAGCAACCAUAUCAACAUAAUCUAGGUUGAGUUAUUGAGGCACUACAAAAUACUAUUAAUUUUGCACUUUUUAGAAAAUCUAUUCGACAUGGUGCAGUUCCUGGCGUGACAUCUCCUAUCAGACCACUAAGACCAACCUAUACAAGGUGAUCCAAUCCCCCAAGCCCUAUUCUUUGUCUUAUUAGUCCAUUUUGUUUUGGUAUCCUUGUUCUUGGGAGUGGCAACAUAUUAUCUGAUGUGUUAGAUUAUGCAGUUCCUAUUCAGCGACGUUAUUGCUCCUCUGAUUUUGUUUAACUUUCAGAAAUCAGAAAUGGUACAUGUGCUUAUUCCUUUAGAGGAUGUGACCUAUGGUGUUAUUUUCUACUCUUUUUUUUAAGUGUUAAAGUAGUUGCCAUCUGUUGAACAUGCUCUACUGAAAUCAAUCAGACAAUUAUCUAAGCUGGUGAGGCUACACACACCUAAUCUCUUCGUACAUCCAUUUUGCAUUGCAAUUCCAAUAGUAAGUUUACCUUAAUCUAUAUUUGUUUGUUGACGAACUUCCACAAACCUCCAGAACUCUGUGUAACAAGUGGUAUUGUUGUGGUCUACAUUAAGUCUUUGGGCUGUGGCAUAGGCCACGCUAUAUGCUCCAAAUAAUUUUCUUUCAAUUUGUACUAGCUUUUUCUUCUAGCAUUUAUUUACUUGAUCACAUGGAAUGUAUUAUGGUCACAUGUUUUUGUUUUUUAUGAUUGGAUAUUUCACGGGAUUACGGUUUAUUUUACCCUAUGCCUAUAUGCAAUAUGUACACUUCUAUGCUUUAUCUUUUUUCCUACUAAAGCCACAUGUACACUUAUAUACUAUUUAUGUCAUUGUAGCGUUAGCACUGGCACCUUAAUAUAUGAUUUAGACGUUGUACUCACUUCUUAGACUUUGUUUUUUCUGAUAUUCAAAUUGUAGUAUAAUUUGAUUUGUAUCAGGUUAGUUAUGUGUUGUUGCCAACGAAUUUGUGAGCUAUUGAGGUCGAUAAUUUUUGUGGUAUUUGCUUUUAUGUAAUCGUUGUGCAUGAACAUUUUAUCGAAUUGAUUGUGUGCCGCUGCAACGCACGGGCACCUAACUAAGCAUAUCUAAUUCUGAGUUUUGGUCAUUUGAAUUGGGUCUUACAAUAUGAGCUCAAUGAUUGGGAUAGUUUUGUUCAUUUUAUACCUUUCUAUAUAAUAUGUUAGUAUUACUUAGAUUUACAAGGUCUUUUGUCGGUGUUGCUUAAGUAUUUCUUAUAUUCUAAUAUCAUUGUUUUCGAGCAUGUUCUGCCCAAUCUUCUUCAGUGUGCCCAUCACCUUCUUAAUAUUGCCAUACACCAAAUUUAUGUCGCUGCAGGAGUUAUUUGAACUCGCAUUAGCAGGUGAAGAGCAAGGAGGAACUACACCAACUUUAUUAUCUGAUGAUGCCUGCGCACUGCCCUUCUCCACCACAUUGUCUUCAGCUGAUGGUGAACCCAGACAACCUUGUGUUUGGAGGCUGGGACAUCAGCAACAUGAACCUGGUAGAUGCCAUGACCAGGGCCAAGGUGCUGGACAUUGACCUACAGAAGCAGCUCAGGCCCUACAUGGAGUCCAUGGUGCCACUUCUCGGUGUUUAUGAUCCAGACUUCAUCGCCGCUAACCAGGGCUCUCGUGCCAAUAAUGUCAUCAAGGGCACCAAGAAAGAACAGGUGGAGCAGAUCAUCAAGGAUAUCAGGGAGUUUAAGGAGAAGAACAAAGUGGACAAGGUAGUCGUGCUAUGGACUGCAAACACUGAAAGGUACAACAAUGUAUGUGCUGGUCUCAACGACACAAUGGAGAAUCUGCUAGCAUCUAUGGACAAGAACGAGGCGGAGAUAUCGCCAUCAACAUUAUAUGUCAUUGCCUGUGUCACAGAGGGGGUGUCGUUCAUCAAUGGGAGCCCCCAGAACACUUUUGUGCCUGGGCUGAUUGAUCUUGCUAUCAAGAACAACUGCCUGAUCGGUGGUGACGACUUCAAGAGUGGGAAGACCAAGAUGAAAUCGGUCCUGGUUGAUUUCCUUGUUGGUGCUGGAAUAAAGUAUGUGCUGUACGUGGGAGACAGUAAGAGGGCUAUGGACGAGUACACAUCAGAGAUCUUCAUGGGCAGCAAGAACACCAUCGUGCUACACAACACCUAUGAGGACUCGCUCCUCACCACACCGAUCAUCCUUGAUCUGGUGCUCCUGGCUGAGCUCAGCACCAGGAUCCAGCUAAAACCUGAGGGAACGGACAAGUUCCACUCCUUCCACCCGGUGGCCACCAUCCUUAGCUACCUCACCAAGGCACCACUGGUUCCGCCCGGCACACUGGUGGUGAACGCUCUGGCAAAGCAGAGGGCGGUGCUGGAGAACAUCAUGAGGGCCUGCGUUGGCCUGGCCCUAGAGAACAACAUGAUCCUAGAGUACAAGUGAGCGAAGUGGCGUGGCCUGCAGCUGGAUAUGCAGGAGGCUGCAUGGAGGGAACUAGAGAGGCGAGAAUAGCUGUGGGAUUAUGUUGGCUUCUCGUGUUUUCUUUUGUGUUCUUUCCUGGUCAUCGUUGUCGCGCUAUUGUAUUUUAUUUGUUGGACUCUCGUGCCAACAAUGUCAUCAAACGUGUAUGGUGGUGCGUGCCUGAGACUGACAA